AUGUUGACUGUCCAUAAAAUGCAGUUUAGCGUCUUCUUGCUGUUGUGGGGAUGGGUUUUGUCUACUGAAUGCAGAGCUCACCGGCAAGGAAAAGAAAUUCAUGAGGUAUAUAAGAAGGGCAGUCAACCGCAAAGACAGAGACGGGAAACACAUGGAGAAACACACAAGCAAGGCAGCCCAAUACUAAAACGAAGCCCUGACAUCACCAAAUCACCGCUAACCAAGUCAGAACAACUCCUGAGAAUAGAUGACCAUGAUUUCAGCAUGAGACCAGGUUUUGGAGGCCCAGCUAUUCCGGUGGGAGUAGAUGUACAAGUUGAGAGUCUGGAUAGUAUUUCAGAGGUAGAUAUGGACUUCACCAUGACCCUUUAUCUGAGACACUACUGGAAAGAUGAAAGACUGUCCUUCCCAAGCACCAACAACCAAAGCAUGACAUUUGAUGGCAGGCUAGUGAAAAAAAUUUGGGUUCCUGACAUGUUCUUUGUACAUUCCAAGCGCUCCUUUAUCCAUGACACCACCACUGACAACGUCAUGCUACGGGUCCAGCCAGAUGGGAAGGUACUUUAUAGCCUCAGGGUCACAGUAACUGCAAUGUGCAACAUGGAUUUCAGUCGCUUCCCCCUGGACACACAGACGUGUUCACUGGAAAUUGAAAGUUAUGCCUACACUGAAGAUGAUCUAAUGCUGUACUGGAAGAAUGGGAAUGAUUCCCUAAAAACAGAUGAGAGGAUAUCGCUAUCCCAGUUCCUUAUACAGGAGUUUCACACCACCACAAAGCUUGCCUUUUACAGCAGUACAGGGUGGUACAAUCGCCUGUACAUUAACUUCACUUUACGCCGCCACAUCUUCUUCUUCUUGCUGCAAACCUAUUUCCCUGCCACUUUGAUGGUCAUGCUGUCCUGGGUGUCUUUCUGGAUUGAUCGCAGAGCUGUACCUGCCAGGGUCCCUUUAGGGAUAACUACGGUACUGACCAUGUCUACAAUCAUUACUGGUGUAAACGCCUCCAUGCCUCGCGUUUCCUACAUCAAAGCUGUGGACAUUUACCUCUGGGUCAGUUUUGUGUUCGUCUUUCUCUCAGUGUUGGAAUAUGCGGCAGUGAACUACCUGACAACCGUGCAAGAGCGGAAGGAGAGGAAACUGCGAGACAAACUUCCUUGUACUUGCGGACUACCUCAGCCCCGGCCCAUGAUGAUGGACGGCAGCUACAGCGAUGGAGAUGUGAAUGAACUGGGACACUAUGUGUCUGAGAAUGGAGAUAAACCAGACAGAAUGAUGAUGCAGCUGACACUUGGUUCUGAAAGGAGUUCAAGCAGGAGGAAAAGCCAGAGAUACGUCAGCAUGCGCAUCGACACCCAUGCCAUUGACAAGUAUUCCAGAAUAAUAUUCCCAGGCUCAUAUAUUUUAUUUAAUUUGAUAUACUGGUCCAUUUUUUCAUAAAUAUCAGUUAUUUCUCUAGUCAGUGUCCGCAUGUCACACUGUGUUACUGUUUGAAAUUAACAUCUAUAAUGCUAAUAAACAGAAAAUGGAGGAAACACUUAAUUUUAAUGCUACUUGACUAAUCAGAAUUUUGAUACAUUGAUUAUAUAAAAUCCAUCUGUUGUAAAACAUCUUUCUACACACUUCAGCUUUGAACUAAAAACUAGGAUCCGUUGCAUAACUUUUUUACUAAUUUUAAGCUGUACUAUGUUCCUUCUUGUGCCUCGUGGGCCACUCUAAUUUGUUUUAAUAGAUGGCAAGAAUAAUCAUCAACUGCUCAUAUAGGGCACAUCACUCAUUUUAUGCCUCAGAAACCUUUCCUAGACUCAUGUCCUGAUCCUGCAAAUACUUAAGCAUGUGCAUAAAAUUAAGCAGUUCCAUUGAGUUCAAUGGCAAUAUUCACACGAGGAAGGUUACCCAGGUACUUAUGUGUUCAGGAGAGGUAUUACAAGCACUGGAAAAUGUAUUGAUGUUUAAAGCUUUCUUCCCCUGGUUAAUGCAUGCUUUGGUUAGCAUUGUGUUGGAGUAACUGAAAGAGCCAAAUACUAAUGUCUUGUACAGCACCCAUGCCCCCUUUUGUUCAUUCCUGAAAGGAAAUGCUUUCAAGCUGCUUUGAAUUAACCUGUUCUAAGUGUAACCAACAGUAUAUAUUUACUAAGCAAUUCACCCAAACCUUCCUAAGUGAAAUGAGAUUUUUCUUUCAAUACAAACAAAAUACUCUUAAAAAAAAUGUACAGGAGGCUUUCAGUGGACCUGGGUAGAUCUACAGAGCAAUAAGAGACAACAGGCAUGGCAGCACCAGGCCUGGGUCUGCUGACUCAGGCUCACAGGGCUCAGACUGCGGGUCUUAUGAAAUUGCAGUGUAGAUGUUAAGGCUUGGGCUGGAGC